CACUUGAUUUCAUUGUUGUGAAACAAAAUGGCGAUUUGUGUUGAUUGUUGAGUGAGACCUGAGACGCAGUGUAACACGAAAGAGACCAUAGUCAACGUACUCAAAGAACAUACAUAAAGUGUAUACUGGGAACACGGCAGCUGUCAGCCAAUGUCAAAGAAAGAUCGCAAGCGUGUGCUGGCCCAGAUCUGGGGCACCCCUACAAGCCAUGACAUCGACAUGGUAGACGAGGGGGACCAGAUCGUUGUGUUCUCGAAUUAUCGGGGCAUCAUCAACUGGUGGAUGGAGAUCUUUAAAACAUACUACCCAAACAUCAAAUGCAGAGAGAAAGGUGAUGUGAUCAAAAUCAAGCCCACCGUGGGAGUGACCAUUAAGCUCAACAAAACAACAAAACUGAUGAGAGUCAGCGGGAAGGACCAUUGGCCGUGGUUUGUCGACACGUUUGAAGCCUUGCUGGAGGUGGGCAAUGGUGAUGCCAUUGAGCUCCCAAGUGAUGGCGGGUCUGUCUCGGAAAACUCUGUCACUCGCUACCUGCAGCUCAACAAGGAGGACGAAGAGGUGCAAGAUUUACUGGACCGCAUUCCCGACGGCGGGGGUAUCAUGCAUCACGAGUUUAUCAUGCGAUUGUGGAAGACCCUGCUGGACGACUGGUUCGGUGUGGGGGCCAAUGUCUUUGUGGUCACUCCCAGGAUCGACUCGGAGCGGCUCUUCACCAUCAUGCUGCUCAUGAUCAGAAAUAAAGGCACGGGUUUUAAGGUCACUCUGAUGACUCCUUUCAAACAGGACGGGGAUCGCUUCGAUAAAAUCAUGGACAAAACGAAAAGGCGAAUGAAGGAGGUGAAAACGGCUCAGGACUCUCGACUGGUCUCCGACGUGAAGCUGCAGUGGGUGAUAAACACGCUGGAGAUCAAGCACGAGGACUUCUCCACCAACUUCGUGGCAGCCUACAAGGAUGAGGAGGCCGAGGUGCUCACGACGACCGCCCACUUCCACAAAGCUCACUUCCACCACCAGCAGAAGGACAACGUCUGCUACAACCGGCUCAGUCCGCACGAUCUCAGGAAAAAUUACCUCUUACCGCUCGACAUUGGGAGCAACGUUCUCUGAGACAAACAAUGUCCUUGUCCAGACCCACUUUUUAGUUGUGAGUUCCUAAAAUUUCCUUGAAAAACCCUCCCAGCCGCACGACGUACAAUGAAAUUGCUCGCUCGCUCACACACAGCUCACUAUUGGUCGCUUUUAAGCACAAGGGGGCUGUCCCGAAAAAUGCUGUUUUGAAACAAUCGAAGGUCAAGAAAGUUUGUUCUGUUUCUUUGACUCUUUGCCUACUGAAUUUUUUUCUGAGUUCGGACUGAAUUAUUUCCCCUAAAAACUUUACAGACCUAGGGUAUAUCAUAAAAACAGUCAUAACUUCACUAAAAAUGUAGCCAUCUCUUUAGUUUUGGUCAGAAAUCAAAGGAAAAUGAAUGAACUGUCACAAUAAAUUUAAUUUCAUGCUAAAUAAAUUUAAAUAAAGAAACGACAAGGAGUGAAAGAGAGGGAUCUUUCCGGCAACGAUAAAAAUAACAUAAAAAUUCAAAACUAACCUCCAAAUAAUGCUUUUAUUCUGCUGCUAUCCCAGGUAUCCUCCAGUAGAGCAAACUGCAUCCAAUAUCCAAUAAAUAACAGUUGGAAUCAUGUUGAUAGGUCCACAUUUGUAAAAGUUAUAUCCAUUUUAGUGUCGUUGGGUGAAAAUGCAUAAUUUAUAAAAAUUAGUCGAAACCAGAAAAGAACAACAAUACUACUCUAUACAAUUGUGUACAGUUCUAUCAUCCCUCAUCUCUGCAUGGUUAUUUUUUCAGUAUUAUUUGUCUGGUACAACGGGAAGCAUUUUUGGGGCACAGGUGAGGUUGGUUGGUGCAGCCUGUACAAAAAUAGCUGGUGCGUUUCCUUUUCCGAGACGUGCUGCAGUAGGCACAAUUGACAUCUCCCCCAUCAAAGUCAGUCAAAUGUUGUCCUUGUGCCCUCUCAGUUGGAGUGCCUUCUGGUCUUCUCCCCUUUUGUGGUGCGGGGAGAAUAGCAAGAUGACUUAUGCAUAGCUGCCCACUGUCCCGGGCCAUCCGUAUUUUGUACAGAUUUUCUUGAAAAAUCGCUGUUGUCCCGGAAAUACGGAUUUUGACCGGCGGUCCCGGAAAAUAAAAACUUGGCAAGCAUACUUCUUAAACAGAAAAAUUAGCCUUCUGUUGCUGAGGAAAAUGACGAAAAUUCGAGAGAGUUGGCAGGUGUGCAGAUCCGACAAAGUCAGCUGAUACGCAUGCGCAGCGCUCGGCCUCUUCAUUCGUUUGAAAAGAUGGCGUCAAAACGUUCGGCGAUGCGUUCUAAGUCCGACUCUGGACCAAGUAAAGCAAAUAAACCGAAAAGGCAGCAAGUUUUUCUUGACUAAUACAAGGUGUCCCUGAUAAUUAGUCAAUGUCCCUGAUUUUGAGCAAGGCUGUCCCUGACCAGACCAUCAAUGAUUUAUUUAUAGAGGCACCAGCCAUCCAUGUCCAGGUGCUGUUUUAGCCGAAGGCUGUCCCUGAUAGCCACAGAGAGGGGUGGGGAGCUAUGCUUAUGCUUGCAGCCACAUCAGUCAAUUCCUUGAUAAGUAUGUCUUGAACUGUGCAAGUGGCAUUUGCUUUGUCUCUGUUGGACGUGAGAGUUUGAACAGUAUGUGCAAAUUUACCUGGGCCACUUCAGUCAUCCAGGCAAACACUUUUUUACACCAUUUCUUGGUGUUACGAGAAUGAGUGCCAUAAUAUGAGAUGAGUUGAUCUAUUCGAUCGCACCCAUUCAUCUUCAUGUUAUGGUCUUGCACCAUGAUCGGCUUUUCCACUGGUUGCCCAACUUCCUGCACAGUCACCAUGCCAGCCGUAACUAUGCGUAGACACCAGAAUGCUUGGCUUUUUAGCUAUUUUGUCCCUCCAGCUAGCUACGAGCACCUUAGAGUUUUUAUCCUUGUAGAAAACUACUUCUCUCUGUGAGCAAGUGUUUGUGUUUUGAGCUGAGGUGGAAAGCCCUUUCGGUUGACUUGAAGGGUUCCGGUGUAAUUGAAGUUUUUCUCCUGGAGGUCUUUGAGGAGUGCAGCAGAUGUAUAAAACCUGCCUGCAUAGAUGUGAUGGUGAGGCUUCAAUGGUUCCAGCAAUUUGUCAAAAACCUACACUGCAUGGGCUGAUGUUGGGUCCACUUCUGGUCGGUACAAUGUUCCCGUUCCGAAAUAAA